CCGCUUCUGUUUAUGUAAACAAUUCAAAUAUCCACCGUAUAAUGACCACACACAUAAUUCACCGCUGCCUGCACACGGCUCGCUCCUGUCUCUUGGCCAGAGCUCCGCGGCGCGCCAAUCCCGGCCUGGGCUACCAGCUCCAGCAGCUGCAGGAGCAACACCCGGCGCAGUCCAGUGAAGCCAACGAGGAUUAUGCCGAUCUGGAGUCGGACUUUAUGGAAGUCCAGAAGACGCAUCGCCAGCAUGAGCAAGAGCUGCAAAAGCAUCGCGAUCGCAUCCGCCAGUUUAUGAUCAAACACAAGUACUUCCGCGAUGCCAAGUUACCCAAUCUUCUGCUGCAUGCGGAAAAGGAACAGAUGCGGCUGCUUCACGAACGAGAUCCGGAGGAGUGGAGCGUGGAGCGGCUGGCGGAGAGUUUCCCCGCCACUCCAGAUAUUGUGCAAAAAAUACUGCGCGCUAAGUGGCGUCCAAGGAGUGUGCAAAGAAUCCGCUCCCACGACGAAACCGUUGUCCGGAACUGGCAACAGCUAAAGGCUGGCGAAAAUGGGGACUUUAAACUGCCGCCUGCACUCUUUCAACAUCUUCAAAAGUUUGCCGAGCGACGGCAACAGGAUUUAAAGGAGUUAAAACCCGAGAACUAUCCCACAAAGCCACAGUUGCCCAUUCCCCAGGCAAACGAGUUUAGAAAACUUCUGGGAAGCAACUCCAAAGCGAACCAGGAGGAGCAGCCAUCUCCACAACUCAUGUCUGGCUAUGAAGCCCCACCUGCAGCUGCCGAAGACGAAACAUAUCUUUUGGAUAAAGUUCGUAACAAGCGUAAGAUGCGUCUGCAGGAGCUCAAGGAACUGCAGCUGGUGGAAUCCGUCCCCACAGUUCAAGACGCACCUCAACGGCCCCUCGAAAAUCCCAGUGGCACCGGCUUUCUGCCCAGUUUCGUACCCAAGUUCGCCAGCAGCGAGAUCGUCAUCAGUGCAGCGGAUCAGCGAAAGUAUGAAAUAACUCAGGUCAAGGCCCGCAUUGUCAUUCCGCGGAAGCUCCAUCGUCCGGGAGCCACAUACCGAGUGGAGGAUGCAUACUACGAUGAUGAUGGAGAGCUGCUUUAUCGCGUCCCAGGAAUGACUGGAAAAACAGACGCUUGUUAAACUAGUUUUUGAGUUUUUAAUACAAAUUGUUAAACCUUUGUUAUAUAAAAAUAAAAAUAUAU